CCUCCCGUACCCCCACGCGUGCCGCUGACUGACGUGGGAGGCCAUGCUGCGGCCGCCGCCUCGCCCCAGGGGCCCGACGGAGGUUUUCCAACAGUUGUUCCAGUAAUGAUAUGGAUCAGAAUAUGGCUUGCAAACCUAUGGAAAAGCUGACUUUCUUUGAAAUAUAUAAGGCACAUUGCAGUGAAUCAGACUUAGGGCCUAUCAGUCUCAACUGGUUUGAAGAACUCAGUGCAGAAGCACCCCCAUAUGAGCCUAAAUUGCUAGGAGAACUUGAUGGUCCUUUUGGCUGGCUUGAUCAAACAUCUUUUAAAACUCCAAGGAGAAAACCCUCCACAUACAGUGAGCUGGCAUCAACUCCACUGAUUUUUAAAGAACAAAGUAUAUUAUUUCCACCUUGUUCUCCUGGAAAAGAACUGGAUCAGAAGAAAAUAGAAUCAAACAGAGAAAACCUGAUAAGCCCAAGGAUCACAAGAAAAACAGAUGAAGAAAAUGAAAUACUUGCAUCUCCUUCUGGUGCCUGCCACAACUGCCUUGCUACUAGUCCAAGGAAUACUUAUAGAACACCUCAGAGAAAUAAUAUGCCUGGACCAUAUGGAAGCUUGUUUUGCACACCAAAACUUUUGGAGGUUAGAACUCCAAAACGGAUUUCUGAAAGUCUGGGAGCAGAAGCAGAUCCAGAUAUGUCCUGGUCAAGUUCCUUAGCCACACCUCCAACCCUUGGUGCAACAGUGAUAAUAGCUAGAGAGAAUAAUUCUAUUUCUGGAGCAAAGCAACAGGAUGAAAGAGCUGAGAUAAUUUUGCACAACUUUUUUUCCAACCGUGAGGUUUGCCCUGGGACAAGCAACACAAGUGUGCUGUCUGCAGCAGAGACUGUGAAGCUCAUACAUGCUGAAGAUGACAUCAAGGAUUUUGAGUCUGAGGUGUUGGAUGGCUUAUUUGGUGAGAUGAAUAGCUUUGAGGAUACAUUCAACACGUCUGCCAAGUCCCAUGGAACUCUUCUGGAUGGAACAGCUCUGGAGGCAGUUGAGCAAUGUGAAAUCAACAUAGAUAAAACACAAGGAAAGGGGCAUUUUCCUUCUAAGAAGUUUAUCAGAAGACAGACUGGAAUGUCACAGGAAGCAGAAACAUCAAGCUUGACAGAAAAAAGCCACCUUAUUGAAAUGACGGAUUCUUUAGUCCAAAAUACUGAAGAAGAUCUGGUGGAUGGUAAAGAUAGCUGUUUAAUAGGACAGGAAAAAGAACUGGAGUCACUUCGGAUUGCAGGAGAUGUGCAAGAUUAUACAACAGAGAAGUCAGCUGAGAAGGAGAAACCUGUGACAGACAAGGUGCCACCCUCAUCAAGCCAGUGGUCUCAACUGAACUUAUCUGAUCUGGAUGUAACUCACACAGACACCUCUGUAGGUAGCUCUCCACCCUCUGACUUAGGUAGAGAGAAGGACUUAGAGACGUCAGUACUAAUGACCAAGGAUGCUGUGGAAACCUCUUUACUGAAUGCUUCAGGCUUGAUAAAAGCCCAAAAGCUAUUGAGUGUCAAUUUGUCAGAAAAGUGCUAUGAAGUGAAAAAAUCUGAAACCAUCCCAGCUUCAGAAAUAACUCCAGUAAAAUCUGCAUCUCUGAGUGUUCAAGAGCCAAAGUUAGGAAAAGGAUGUGCAGCUGAGAGGGUUUCCAAAGUGAGCUUUUUAAACUGUAAUUCCUUUUUAAUUGAAAGAACAAAUAUCACAGAGUAUUCUGUAGUCUACAAUGGCAGCUUUUCCAAGCAUUUAAAAGCAACUUCGAAGUCUGUCAUAACUGAUGUUCUGUCCCAGUCACUUGCAUGUGGUGCUGCAUCUCCAGGUAUUUGCAACGACCUACAUUUAAUAAAUAGGGAAAAUACUCUUAAAAAGUCUGGCUUUAAACAUCUGAAUAUGUUAUCCAGCUUAAGAAAGAGAUCCAAGAGAUUUAUUUAUACAAUAAAUAAUACUUUGCUAUAUGAAGAAGAAAAAAUACAGAAAAAAGUAACCUCUGAAUCACCUGUUUGUCCUGUAUUACCACAUUCAGAAUCUGAUUCAUAUGAAAUUAAAGGCUGUCAUCUGGCCAGUGUUGAUGAGCAAGACUGCUUGUUUCAUGCUGAGAGACAAUGUUUGCCAUCAAAUAUCAAGGAAAAUAAUUUCAGCACUUGUACUUUAAAAACUGAUACAACAGAUAACUCGUCUAAUAAUUCCUUCAACAACAGGCUGGAGCAACAGGACUGGAGAGACAUGGGAGAAAAUACAAGAGAGGAUCAUCCUGCUACAUCAUUAAAAUGCUUAGAAAUAUCUUCUACACAGAAAGAAGAUACAGCAAACUCUUUAGAUACUGAAAUAAUUCUGAAUACAAAACGUAAAGUUCUAACUUCAUCAUGCCUGAUGGGAAGAAGGCAUUCCAGAUUGUUCCCUAAAGGCUGUUGCUUGGAGAAAGGUGAGGAAGAUAAAAAUGAGAGUGCUCAUGUGGACAGUGGAUCUACUGUACCUCGGAGGCUGAAAGGAGAACUUGCAUGGUCUUCUCCCAGUGAUAAGGAACGCUUGCUUGAUAUGCACCAUGACACUACAUCUGUGACAGAUGGCAGUUUCAUUAAUACUUUGAGUCAGAUUAAUUUGGGCUCAAAUGGAGCUGACAGUGAUUUUUGCAAUAAAACAUCGUCUGAUAAAAGGCAGGCUACAGAGCAGUGGUCAGUGGUUGACUGUAGAGAAGUACUUCAACCUUUGGAAAUAAAUUGCACAGAAAAUGAUAAUAUUGUAUUAAAACAAGAGGAGAAACCAGAUGCAGCUGCCUUUUCAGAAGCUGUAGCCAACAACGAAGAGCCAAAGUCACUUGAAAACAAUGAAAUCUCUCAAGCAGCUCCUUUCAAUAAUGUAGCUGUAGAGAUUGCUAAAGAAUUGUUAGAUAGUGUAGAUGAUAAUUCUUUAGAUGAAGCAACUUCUAAAGGAGAUAAACAAGUAGCACCUAUGUAUCCCAGGAAAAAGCCAAAUGAGAGCCUAAAGUAUAAAGGGAAAUCCUCAGGAAAGCUGACUGCAUGCAGUUGGAAUCUGGGCUUUGGUGGCUUUCAGACUGCUUCAAAUAAGCAGAUUAAAUUCUCUGAAGCCAGUAUAGCAAAAGGCAGAAUGCUGUUUAGAGAUAUUGAAAAUGAAUGCUUUGAAGACUAUUCUAUGGAAAGAGUCAGAAACUUUCCAAAUCAAGUUAGAAAAGAGAAUAUGUUUUUCUCAGAUUCAGAAAGCAAGUUACCUGAUUCUUCAGAUUUGCAGACAAGUUUUCUUGAGCCCAGGCAUCCACAGUUUGUUCCACAUAAAGUUCAGUUGUGUAAAAGCUUUCCUAGAAGUUCACAAUCUUUGCAAGAAAAAAAUCAAAACUUGACAGCAAGCCAGGAAGCUGAAAUUGCUGAACUCUCCAGUAUCCUGGAGGAAACUGGAAGCCAGUUUGAAUUUACACAGUUCAGAAAGCAAAGUAACAUAAUACAAAGUCCAGGCUUUCAACAGUGUGGAACUGUAGAAACACAUGGAGCAAGGAAUGUGGAAAAUAUUUCUGAAACAAGGAAAGAUGCUGAUUUUUGUAGCACUCCUAAAUCUGAAAAUCCAGUAAGAAAUGACAAUUACUGUACUAAGCAGGAAGACUCAAAUGAAGACUAUGAAAUGGUGGAAUGUGAAAAAAAACCUGCAGUGGUUUUCUAUAAAGAUGACAAAAAGGUUACUUUUACUAACUCAGACAGAAAUGAAAGUAGAAUAUUUAAUGAGAACUUUCCAGUAACUAAACAAGAGAGCUUUUCUAGUUUUGUAGGCUUUACUUCAGCUGGAGGUAAAAAAAUAAAUAUUUCCAAGGCAGCUUUGAACAGAUCUGCAGAGCUCUUCAGGGACUUGGAUGAUGAUAACUAUUUGUUUAAAUCUUCUAAAACUAGAACUAGAUGUCACAAUUCAAGUAUGACUUCUAACUGUAAUUUCGUCAGAUGCCUGACAGAAGAAAACAAAGGCAAAACAGUUUGUGUUUCAGAUUUCAUAAGAACUGGUGGCCCUUCCCACACAGAUUCUCUUUCCCACCAUGCACAGGAAAAAGAUAACGAAAAUAUUGGUACACUGUUGAAAGAAAAUCAGUCGAAAAGAUCCAUAAAUGAUACUGAAAAUGUUAAUUUCUGUAGUACUAACAGCAGCCCAUCUUCUGUUAAAAAACAUAACCAGAAUUAUAAAACUUCCAAAGAAUUUUUGAAUCAAGGAGAUCACCACACUGAAAGUAGUUUGCAAGAAGAUUCAUUAGAUGUAAUGUGUCUAGGAGAUGCUAUUACAGCUGCAGAAGAGCAUAAUUUAAGUCCGUCAGAUGAAAUGGAAAACUUAGCUGCUAGUCAGAAAGGAGAAGACAGAAAGCAGGAAAAUGAAGAUAUGUUACAAAAAUUUCUAACUCCACCUGGUGGUGGUGAUAUAUCCAUUUCUGAUGCAGCUUUGGAUGAAUCUCUACACUUGCUCACUGUGCCAUGUGGAGAAAGAGAUGUGAGUGUUUUGGAGAACUCUGAUAACCAAAAGGCAAAUAGUGAAAAUAUGGAAAGAGAAGACACAACCCAUGAUGAGAUCCUGGUAAUGAAUGAAAGCAGAAUGAAAAUAGGAUCUUCCCAUCAUCAUCAAAUACCUGUCAAACAAGAGGUGGAUGUUGAAAAAAAUGAAGUGCAGGGCAGUUUUCUGACGGAUUUUCAUACUGCUAGUGGCAAGAAAAUAACAAUUGCUGAUGGAUUUUUGGAUAAAGCUGAACAGUUCUUUACAGAAAGUGUUGAUGUAGGAAAGGAACAUAGUGAUGUUUUUGAGAACCCCUCAAGGAAAAGGAAAUGUGUUAAAAACUGUCUCAAAGACUGUGACUUAUAUAUUGAAAGUGUUGCUCAAUGUGAUCCAGAAAAACUUAAUAAAAAGCUGGUUCCUGAGGAAUCAGGAGAUCAAUUUAAGCAGGCAGUAGAGAGCAGUCCCCAUAAACAAGGGUUUCCUGAUACUGUUAAAGGUGAUGCAUUUCUUAAUCUGGGUGAAGGUUGUGAAAGAAGUUUGGUAACUUCAUAUGCACAUAAAAAAGCUGAUGUCAGACCUGGACCAUCAGAAUUAGAAUCUCUUCCCAGACAGGAGAAUGAUCCUUUAAGUAGAACUUGUUUGUCAGAAGAUGGGAAACUGUUUGCAGAGAGAGAGCAGGAAUACUCAACAGAAAAGAGGGAUGAUUCAGAUAACAUGCAUGAUUUUCCUGUGCACCCUGCUACAUCUCUGCAUGUAAUGAAAGUAUCAAAUGACCUUGAAGAUAAAUCUGUGCCUGGAGACACAAAAAGUACUUGCUUUCUUGAAGAUGGUAACAAUAAACCUGAUGAAUCCCUUUUCUUGUUUUCAAAAAGUAGCUCUUCCCAUUUGAACAGUGACAGUAAGGAGUUUGACUUAGAACAUAUAAAUGAACCUUGUGCUGAUACAAACUGCUUCACACACACCAUAGUUAAUGCUUGCCAAAACCAGUCACUAGUCAGUCUUCCUGAAGAUGAAACUAAUUUAACCAGCUUAAAAGAAACAACACUUAAUGUUGAAAACCAAAAGGUUGAUCUCAAACAAAAUGUGUUUAGUACAGCAAAAGGUAAAGCAGUUCCUGUUUCAGGAAGUGCAUUAACACGAGUCAGACAAAUGUUUCAAGAAGACUACAGUGAAUCUGUAGAUUAUGAAGCUGAGACUAACUCAAGAACUAAGCAAACAGAAAUUGCUGGGAAUUCAUCUUCCAUAAUUCAAGCCGAGUGUCCUGGUUCCACUAAGUAUUUGACUGCUACAAGAAGUGAAAAGAUUAAUUCAGCUGUAUCCCAUUUUACUAAGGGGAAUGCAAAUGCUGGUGAAGAUGAUCACCAAGAUACAAACACAUUUGCAGAUGCAAAGUCUGUUUCAAACUCUCAGAGGCUAUGCUUUGGGCAGAAUAUAAAGCCCUUAGGGCACUUGCCUGUUCCAGAGAAGCAGAUAAAGCAAGCUGAUUCUUCUAUAAGCAAUCUUGGAUUUUUUAGUACAGCAAGUGGUAAGCCUGUACAGCUAUCAGAAGAGUCACUCAAGAGAGCUAGACAACUCUUUUCUGAGAUGGAAGGUAGCAACUCAUCACAUGUACAAGAAGCAUAUUUAGUUGAGGAAGGUGUUGAGAAGUCUACAGUGCACGCUGAAGGAGCUCCAAAGCAAAUGCAGAUGACAUUAACAAAAGGUAAAGAAAAUGCCCCCACUGAACUGAUUUUAAAUCCAGCUUUUGGGUUCAGCACUGCAAGUGGAAAGCAGGUAACAGUCUCUGAAAAUGCCUAUCAAAAAGCAAAAGCAAUCUUAAAGGAAUCUGACUUUUUUAGCAGUGAGCUUUCUAUUCCAGAUCAACCUAGUUCAAUUAAAGAGAACGGUCAACAUAUAAAUUCUCUAACUGAUAAAAUGAUACCAGAAUCCAAAACUGAGAAGAACUGCAAUGAAGACUUUGACUUAAAAAGCAUCUGCUCUGAGGAAAUGAAGCCUUUCCCAAGCAGUCACCAUGUCAACAUGCCUGAGUAUGUACCACAUAUUCAGAAAAGCAAGCAGGUAACUUCACUUAAAAAUAGCCUGCAGGAAGAGGAGUCCAGGCCUUUUGGAAAAGGGCAGCUGAAUGUUGGGAUGAAAACAGAAUCUGAAGCAGUUUCAUGCAGUGCUACUACUAAAGAAGGAACAAAUAUCAAUCUUCUCCAAACUCAAAAAAAUUACUUGGAAAUGGAGGCUGUAGAAAGUGCAAGAGCUUUUAUGGAAGAUGACCUUUCAGAUUUGAGAGCACCAGUUAAUAGUGCACAAUCCUUCAGUGGCAGACUGGAUAAAACCUUUCAAAACAAGAUCUUUGGGAAGAGGCCCUGUGAAGAAACAACCUCAUUCGGAGAACCUCCAAUUAAAAGACAGCUACUGCUUGACUUUAACAGAACUGAGAAUCCCCCCAGAUCUUUGAAAGCUUCAAAAAGCACUCCUGAUGGCAUUUUCAAAGACAGAAGAAAAUUUAUGUACCAUGUUCCUUUAAAACCUCUAACUUGUCAACCUUUUGGAGCUACUAAAGAACGACAAGAAGUCAAGAAUCCUACCCUUACCUUACCAGAUCAAGACUUCAAAGGAUUCAAAUCUAAACCUGCUAUUUUUCAGCACUGUGCACUAAGGCAGUCUUCAAACAGAACUUCAGGGGUUUCUACUCCAUGUAAGGCCUCAGCAAAAGACACUGAAGAAACCAGAAAUCUGCACAAAUCUAGCAAAACUGCUAAGACUUUUGUUCCACCCUUCAAAACCAAGCUGACAUUUUCUGCAGUUGAACAAAGCACCAACAAAAGAUGCAACAAGACGGAAUUAAAUCAGAUGACAACUGAGCAAAAUGUUGCUGAACCUGAGGAGGACCAGUCUUGCCUUCAGCAUGCAGCAGACACAGGCCUAGAGGAUGGCAAUUUAGCUAUGGUAAAGAUGACAACAAAUCUUUGCUGUGCCAGAGAUCUGCAGGAAAUGAGAAUUAAAAAGAAAUAUAGGCAAAAUAUUAGGUCACAGCCAGGCAGUCUUUAUGUCAUUAGAACAUCUGCAAGAAAUAGAAUCUCUCUGAAAACUGCAGUGGACAAGAAAACUCCUGGUUCUUAUUCUGUGGAAGAGCUUUAUACAUAUGGCGUUUCAAAACACUGCAUACAAGUUACCAGCACAAAUGCAGAAUCUUUCCAGUUUCUCCUCAAAGACUUUUUCAGUAAGGAGUAUUUGUUAGCUGGAAAUGGGAUGCAACUUGCUGAUGGAGGAUGGCUAAUACCUACAGAUGAGGGAAAAGCUGGAAAAAAGGAGUUUUACAGGGCCCUCUGUGACACUCCUGGUGUGGACCCCAAGCUCAUAACAGAGACCUGGGCUUACAAUCACUACAGGUGGAUUGUAUGGAAAUUGGCAGCCAUGGAAGUGUCUUUUCCACAUGAAUUUGCUAACAGAUGUUUGACACCAGAAACAGUAUUGUUGCAGUUGAAAUAUAGGUAUGAUUUGGAAGUUGAUAGAAGUAAACGAUCGGCAAUCAAAAAAAUAACAGAGAGAGAUGAUGCAGCAGGUAAAACACUGGUACUCUGUGUUUCUAAAAUCAUAUCACUAAACACCGUUGUAUCUCCCAGCAGUAGCAAUAAAAAUGUAGAAAGUAAAAAAGCAGCAGCAAUAAUUGAAGUUACUGAUGGCUGGUAUGGGAUUAGAGCUCUUCUGGAUCCCCCGCUGAAAGCUCUCUUGUGUAGAAGGCGUCUGACAGUCGGUCAGAAGAUCAUAGUGCAUGGAGCAGAACUUGUUGGCUCUCAGAAUGGAUGUACACCACUAGAAGCUCCAGAUUCCCUUAUGUUAAAGAUUUCAGCAAACAGCACUCGCUGUGCCCGGUGGCACACACAGCUGGGGUUUCAUCCGGAUCCCAGACCUUUUCCUUUGCCUUUGUCAUCGCUUUACAGCGAGGGUGGUGCAGUGGGGUGCAUUGAUGUAGUUAUUCAAAGAGCUUACCCUCUUCAGUGGAUGGAAAAGACAUCAGCUGGUUCAUACGUGUUUCGGAAUAGCCGAGCUGAAGAAAGGGAAGCUGCCAGGCAUGAAGAGGAUCAACAAAAGAAACUGGAAGCUCUGUUUGCAAAAAUCCAAGCAGAACAUGAAAAACAUGAAGAGAGAGCCAGCAGAAGAACACCAAGGUCACGCAUGGUCACAAGACAGCAGAUCCAUAAUUUGCAAGAUGGUGCUGAACUUUAUGAAGCAAUUCAGAAUGCAUCUGAUCCUGGCUAUAUGGAGGAAUAUCUCAGUGAAGACCAAUUAAAAGCUUUGAAUGCACACAGGCAGCUGAUGAAUGAUAGAAAGCAAACUCAAAUACAGGAAGAAUUCAAGAAGGCUUUACAGUCAGCAGAACAGGAAGAAAAUGGUUGUUCCAAAAGAGAUGUGUCUAUUGUAUGGAAAUUAUGUGUGGUAGACUACAGAAAGCAAGAAAAACAUAAAGGAGUGAUACUGAGUAUCUGGCGUCCACUGCUGGAUGUUUGUUCCUUGUUAAAGGAAGGCAACAGGUACAGAAUCUAUCAGCUCUCAACAUCCCAGUCCAAAGGGAGAUCAGACUCAGCUAAUAUACAAUUAACAGCAACAAAGAAAACUCAGUAUCUGCAACUACCAGUAUCACAGGAGAUGCUGAUACAGAUUUUUUUUCCAAGAAGGGCUCUAAAAUUCACCAGUUUGUUGGAUCCUUCUUUUCAGCCACCAUGUGCUGAAGUUGAUUUAGUUGGAGUUGUUGUUUCUAUUAGUAGAACAGGUUUCACUACUAUGGUGUACUUGGCUGAUGAAAGCUAUAAUUUGGUAGCAGUAAAGAUCUGGACAGAUCUCAGGCACUUGGCUAUUGAAGAUAUAGUUGUGCCCUGUUCACUGAUUUCUGCAAGCAACCUCCAGUGGCAAUCUGAAUUCAGAUCAGAAAUUCCUGUGCUGUUGGCUGGAGAUCUUUCUGCAUUCUCAGCCAGUCCAAAGGAAAACUAUCUUCAAGAGAAGGUUAAUGAAAUGAAAAGUACGAUACAGAAUGUGACCUCCUUUUGCUCUGGUGCAGAAAGUAAAUUGAUGAAUUUGCUACAAAGAAAUCUCUCACUUGCACCCAGUUUAACUAAAAGAUGUAGUUUGGAAUGCCCCUCUCCUUCCUGCAAAUCAGAGCAUAAAAGUUUGGUCUCUACUUCUAAAAUUGAAAUAAAGCAUCCAAGCCCUUUUUCAACUACCACACCAAAUAUGAAACUUGUUGCCCAGGGGUCAGCAAAAACACCAUCACCUGCUGCAGUUAAUGAAAACCAUCCCAAAAACAGCAAAAAGAGAAAAGCAAUGGACUUCCUCAGUUGCAUACCUGCCCCUCCACCACUCACACCCAUCUGUUCAGUCAUUUCUCCUUCUUUAAAGAAAGCAUUUCAGCCACCACGAAGUUUGGGUUUACAGCACAGCAAAUCAUCAAAAGAAACAAAUCAGAAUAUUGGUUAUGUCACCCCCUGUAGGAAACUGAGAGAAGCUUUCCAGCUUCCUGAGAACGACCUGGUUGCAGAUGAAGAGCUUGCCUUGAUUAAUACACAGGCACUCAUGAAUAAUUUACCAGAGGAAAAGAAGAAUGAUUAUGUAAAUGAAAACAGCAGUGCAAUAGGUCCUAAUGUAUCGAAUGGUCUUUCACACAAAAAUAGUUUUAGGUCUGCUGAGGAAGCAAAAAACUCCUCAAAAAGCAGUUCUGCAGGAGCUGAGGCUCUUCAGAAAGACACAGAGGAACCUGAGGAGUUGUUACCAGCCUGCUGAAUGCUACAGAGAGAAGCCCCCUAAAAUGCUGCUGAAUACACACGUGUACAGUACUGUAUAUAUUUAAAAUUCAAAUUAUUUUUGCACUUUGUACAUUUAAUCCUGAUUGUAUUUAAUAAAGUUGUGUUACAAAAAAAAAAAAAAAAAAAUAAAAGACUCAUGAAAUAACAUUUCAUCUGCAAAAGAAUUUGGAGUUGAUAAUUAUACAUUUCUUACACAAUCUUGUGUUGUACAAUAGCA